AUGCUAUCACCAACACCCCUCCAGAUCGUCUCGGGCAUAAAUAUCUUCGCUGCCUUGGUAACAUACGUUGCAGCCGGCCAAAUAUGCGGUGGUAUUGGAACGAACGAUUUCGCGGGAGUGAUCUUCUACAUGGGAAACUUCUUUUACAAAUCGCCCUCUGUAUUCGCGCUGUGCGCCGACCUCUGCAAAAACGACUACCCAAAAUGCAAGAGUUUUCGAUACAGCUAUUUCUCGGACGCGGAUGCACAAUACUGCGAGUUUUUCCCGGAAUGGCUAGAAAACUUCUUCGUAGAAGACAACACACAACCUUACUACUACUACGAUGUCGACUGCGCAUUCCCAACAUGGGCUAUAACAGAGACAUACUUCUCGACAACGACAACGAGCGUCGCAUCCUUGACCUUGACCUCUAGCCAGACCCUCACCACAACAUCCAUUUCAACGACGACUUCCAUCUCCACAGAAACAGCUACCGCGAUAGCGACAGCAUACUCCAUAUUCACAACGACAGCUACAACCACCGUCUCGCCAUCCCCCGUCCUCCUCACGCAAACAACCACCUCCACAACCAUCCUUACCGCAUCACCGAAAACAACCACAGCCUACAGCAUCAGCACCAUCACCGCUACAACAACAGCCACAGCAACCAGCACAGCGCGCUACAGCAUCUACAACACCACCACCGCCAUCCGAUCCUCCACGACUACAAAGACCGUGUCGGUCGUCAGCGUGCGCAACUCAACGAUCGUGCGGACUUCGCCCGUCAUAUCGACGAGGGUCGUCACGGUUUCGGGGAAAGGCGUGACUACCACACGCGUCGUUAGUGUUUCGGGGAAGGGGAGUACGACUACGAGGGUGGUGACUGUGUCCGGGAAGGGGCCUACGACAACUGUUACGAGGAGUUUGAGUGCGGCGGGAAAAACGGUCACGAGGACGGUGUCGAAGACGGUCACUGUUCGGUGAUGAUCAUGAGUUGUGGAGGUUUUCUUUUUGAGCGGCGGUGUGUGUGUGUGGUUUGAGCAGUCAGUACUCUGGACGGGGGCGGUGUUGCAGGUAGUCAAACUGCCUGACAUCUAUCUCUCUUUCUUGCUAAGGCAGACGUUGUUCUGGUAUGCCAGCCCCAAGUCUCAUUUUUUUUCUUUCCCUUUUGUACCUGCAUCUUUUGGUCUCGUUCCUCUUUUUGUUUUCCUGCAUGGGAGGGAUACAUAGUCUUUGUUAUUUCCCAGAUUGUGCAGUUGAAGAAUCAUUUUGCAAUAACAGAAUAAGAAUAGGAAAGGGGGGGGGAAGAUGGUGCACGCCAGCAUUCUUAGCAACAGCAUGUUAUUCUCAAUUUGGGGGCAUAAGUAGUACGGAAUAAGUAAAUACAAAAGGGCUUUGCUUUUAUAACUUUUACUACAGAUUAAAGAAGAUGCAAAGAAAAAUCAAUGCGCGUGCGUGGUCCAUUUGCCUGCGUAUUUAAAUCCAUAUCUAUUUCCUUAUCGAGCGUCACUUCAAUCACUUCUAAAUUCCUACCAUAGGAUCAAUCAAGAUGUACAAGACUUUUCCCAAAAAAGACAAAAGUCUUCUUGAAAACAGAAAACAGAAGGAGGUAUGCCAAAGAAAAAAGAAACCAAAAACUCCCCCUGCUGAUAGGAAAAAAGUAGUGGAGUGACACUCCAACCUCCACUUGACACUUAUUGUUCACUACACGCUAAGCCUAAUCAAUGUCUCUAAGCAGAGUGAAACCUACCGCAAUCCACACUUUUGCGCUAUACCUUCCCAAUUAGGAAGGUUGAGCUCAGCACUUCCUACGCUAAGCCUAAUCACGGUGUUGCUCUUAGCAGAGUGAAACCUACAGUAAUCCACACCUUUUCAUGUUACCUUCCAAAUUAGGAAGGUUGAACUCCGCACCCCUCGCGCAUCGCCUAAACACUGUAAUUCACUGUGACAAGACAAUUGCAAGGCUCGCAUAGCUUUUUAUCUACAAGCUCUACUGUGAUUUCCAGCUAUUACGAUCAAUUUCUCUAAGAAAUGAGUGUGCGCGCUGCUAUUCUUCGCAUACACAUGUGCGAAUUGUAGUAAGGGGGGGAGUGGUACACGCUAAACCCCAUCUGUAGCAAUCACGCAGAUGAACCUGAUAGGGAAUCAACGCUUUUUUUACAAUACCUUCUUAAUUAGGCAGGUUCAAUACACGUAGGUAGUUGUCGGCAUAUAAUUGCCUCAACGACAUCUAUAGUUACAAGCUGGAGAGAAAAGUACGUUGUUCUGCACGUAUCUCCUCUGUUUCCUUUUAGCUUUUCCGCAUCCCCUAUUUCUCUCUUAGAGCGUAGUAACGAUGGAAGAUAUCAGCAGUGUAGCAAUGUGCAUGCGACAUCUUGAGGUUGCUAACUCUAGUAUUAUUGUGUUGAGUGUUAAGUGAAGUGCGAAUGUAAGUCUCUCUUUCUCUCUCGCCUAUUACCGUUCAGCUACAUACUUUUCCCUUCUUUUCUUCAUCCCUUUCUACCUACAUUGUUCUAUUCUGUGCAAAAAAAAAGUCAUCAUUGCACACGCAAGCCAAUGCCGACUAAAAAAGCUGUUACGCGGCGCUAAGCCUAAUUAGUAAGUGAAAGCCUAAUUACUAAGGAAAUAUGCACCACGGCUGCAAUCAACACUGUUUAUAGAAAUCACCCGAUUAAGCAGUUUAGGAGCACCACCCCCACCACCACUACUACGGCCAGUGCCGUCCUCCGUACUUCUCCCUCUCAUAUUUCCUCCGCUUCCAUAAUCCUUUAUAACUUUCCCCUCUGUAGAGAAUAAAAAAACAGCAACCUGCACUUCGCUCCUCGCGAUUUUCGAAGACAGAAAUGCUUGCACGCAGGACGUGCAUGUUGAACACGGUUUCUGUGUUGGUUGCUGGAGGGGGAGGGGAGAUGACGCUAAGCCUGAUUGAUUAGCCACUUUCACUGCAGGUGAUAGGGGAUCCACACCUAGU